GGAGGUGGGGUGCCUCUACCCGAGAAAAAGUUCGACUGGGUAAUGGACAAAGCAAAGUCGGACUCUCGCUGCUUCAUCAUUUUGGCCCGGUGCCUGUACAAGGACGAGGCCCUGGUCAACAGGAGCGUCACGGACCAGCCCUCCAGGCGCAACCUAAAGCAUGGUGCUGUGAAACAAAAGCCUAUCACACCAGCCAAAGUGGAUGCAAUCAAAGUUGGCUUAUCUCAAUAUGUGAAGAGGCACCAAACCAGUGCACCCGAUGACAAUCGGAUCGGCGAAGCCCGCACUCAACUUUCCAACUUCUUCAGUGAGAAGAAUCGACCUUCCAAGGCCGAAAAGUGCCCACAGGUGCCCCUGACACCUCCUGUGUCCUUGGGGUCUCCGAAUGAAAAAUAG